AUGGCCGGACCCGUCGAGCACCCUCGACGCCACCCAAACACCCCUAGGCGCGAACGCGUCGAGUUCCUGCGGCGCAAAGAAUGGACGCGGCGGAUCUCAGAAUGGAUCGCACACUCCGCGAGCCCGGAGGCAAAGCAAUUCGCGCAUCUAUCGCAUUCGUGGAUCGACAUCCUCGCCGCCGCCGACGCCGACGACGAAUACGCUUGCGCGCAUAACUAUACCCCCUGCGAGCCGCCCUCGCCCGAGGAGCCCUACGUCAUCUACACGGCGACCCCCCGGUCGGCCGCGACCUGCCGCGACGAUACCCCCGUCCCCACACAUACACAUACCCCGCCGUCCUCGCCCUACCCCCCGCCGCAGCCCGUCCAGCGCCCACGCCCGGCGCGCAACCCGCGCUCACGGCACUCGUCCCUAUCGUCCAUCUCCGAGGAAGACGAGACCGCGCUCGGUCUCUAGGCAUAUCGCCCCCAUCAGCUGCGCCGCAGACCCCCUCUAUGUCCGCCGCAUGCGUGUCGCCGGCAGCCAAGCCCUCGAUACUGCUCAAAUACCGGCGCUCCCAGAUCCUGGAUGAUGGCAUCGGGUCGCCCUGUAUACCGCGCACCGCCCUACAUCCGUCGUAGCGCCUCGCACGGACGCUGCUGUACGACUGUAUCACUGUACGUUACGUUUGCGCCCGCUCUAGUCUACUGUGUACCAUUAGUGCUAUCGACCACCGCAUACCACGUAGAUGCCCGCUUUGAUGUACGCACCGUCUUCGCCUAAUCUUACCACUCCCCGCACCUGGUCCGCUCAGUUUGCUCUUGCUCUUGCUCGCCGUUCGAGAGCACACAAUAUCUAUUCAUUACUUAUCCGC